UCAAUCAACUUGGUACUUCAAUGCAACCUCCCAUAGAAAGUGUCCAAAAUUCGGAUUCCUAUUUCAAAGAUGGCAGAAGACGUGUGGACUACGUGCUGGUGGUGACCAGGAUCAGUGCACUAGAAAACACCAGGAUAAUAGAAAGGUACAUAAAAAGCUUGCAAAAGCUUGGCCUGGACGUGGAACAAUGUUACGGUAUAACAGUCCCAGUGGUCUUCAUAAAACUUCACAUGCCCGAAUGGACGAGACGCAUUUUGGAGAAGCAAUAUCCAGCCUGGAACUUGGCCAAACUGAGACCAGAGAAGGCGUACGUCCGCAAACGAUAUUUGAAGUUCUUUGAAAGUCCAGCCCUAUACCUGGACGUGCUCAAAGGGUCGGAUCAAUGUGGCAAAAUUUACUACCUUCAUAAGUUACUAUCGCAGGCCAGAUAUGGAUUUAAAGACGUGGACCAAGGACUGAACAACCUCAUCGACAAGAAAAUCAUUUUGAAGGCUUACCCCCUUCAUGACGGAAGGGUACAACAUGAAAUACUGGAUGAUGACGAGGAUGAAGCUUUGCUGAACGACAGAUCAUUGCUGGCCAAGUAUUGGGCCAACCCCGGAAACUUCUAUAAAAUCCAACCCAUUGACUUAAUCAAGAAGUACUAUGGCUUGGAAAUAGCUUUUUAUUUCGCUUGGUCAGGAUAUUAUGUGCAAUCACUUACCCCCCUCAUGUUUUUGUCUUUGUUAAUUAACGCCUUGUCAGCAUACAGGUACUACUUCUUCUGGGUGAAACACCCCUACGUACAAAACUUGUGCGAAGAAAACACGAUCGAGUUGUGCGGAAUGUGUUUCAUAGAGAACCAGAAGUGCUACGUGGACAACUUCCACCACAUGUGCGCCACCCUAAGACGGGCCCUCCUAAUCGACAACUCCGGCAUUUUGAUAUACGGAGCUGCGGUGUCCAUCUGGGCGGGCAUAAUGACCUACGGAUGGCGGAUCAAGGAGCACAACUUGAGGAAGCGUUGGAAUUUACUGCACAACGUCUACAGUCUGGAGGAACGAUUUGCUUACAGCAAAGUUGAGAGGUCCAGGCAGAUUUCCAAAGUGACCGGCCACUCCGAAGCCUUCACGCCUCGCGGGGAGAUGGUUAUGAAGCACUGUGCCAUAGUGCUGUUCCUCAUCGGGGUCACGUGCUUGUACAUUUUUAUGAUGAUGCUGAACCUCAGCACGGUUUUGUUUUUGAAGGUGCACUUCAUUGAGUGGCGGAUCAUUCGGGACCCAUCCGGUGCCCACAGAUUCUUCUUUGACUUGCUCUUCAUCGUCAUUCAACUGGGGGUGUCUAAGGUCUUCAGGUCAAUUUUAACGAAGCUCUGUGUUAAGUUGGCUUACUUUGUCAAUCAAAAGUAUCAAGCUGCUCAUUACCAAACCUACCUGACUUUAAGAUACAUUUGUGCCAGUGUCAAUCACUACAUGGUUGUCACCUACUUUGCUUUCAUCAAGGGGCAAUUUUAUAAUAUACCCUAUCAUGACUCAGGAACGAUUGAUUUUUUCAGAUAUUACACUUAUGAUACUUGUCAACCACACACUUGCAUGGAGAACCUUUAUUUGAUGAUUGCUGGCUUGUACUCCAUUUACAUUGCAAACGAACUAAUGGCCUUCAGUACUGCAAAAGUUAAGGCAAAAAAGAUAAAAAACUUAAUUCUCCCCCAGUACGAAAUUGAGUUUCAUUUAGAGAGUCGAGAUGAGUUUUCAAUGCAGUACGACUACACCUUCCAGUUAAUAAUGCACGGCAUUUUGACCUUCUAUGCCCCAGGAAACUCCUUGGGAGGGGUGUUCCAGUUCCUGCUGUCCAUCAUUAAAUUGAGGGAGGACGCACAGAGAUUCAUACACUUUGCUCAGAGACCUAUUCCUAAGAUUUUAUACAACAUGGACUUUUGGACGCACAUUUUAACACUGAACACUUUCGUUGGGGUCUUCGUGAACUCGUGCGUGAUUGCUUUUACAUCUGAAACCUUAGAUAUGAAGGACUACGGCGAUGACAUUACAGGGUACUUUGAAAGUAGGCUCUCGCAAUUUGAUAAAAGGGAUCUUUUCGGAAGGAACUAUACGGGCCCUGUGACUUGCUACUACAGGUCUUUACGAUACCCCCCUGGACACACCUUGCAGUACCAGCUUACCAUGGAUCACUGGGCAUUAAUUACUAGAAAACUAGUAGUGGUGGUAGUGUUCCACCUUUUUAUACUCCUGUCACUUUUCAUAUUUAAAUCCGUUGCUAACUUCGUACAAAACAAAAGGCGCAAACAUCAAAAAGAACGAAACUUAGAGGAAAAGGCUGAAGACGUGCCCGAAGAAGACAUAGAUGAUUCCGACGAUGAUGAAGACGACGAUGAUGAGUCUACAACUAGUUCUGAAGAUACAACUGUCACUAAGAAGAGUAACAGGAAAUCACGGGUAUUGAAAAUGUCCAAACGUAUUGAGGAAAUCAGCACGUUGGAAAGCCAGAGGGAGAAGGAGUUGAGGGCGUCGCAAGCUUCAAGCAGGCUGAGCAAAUUGAUCAGCUGGAAAAGGAGGCCCACACAUUUUUUCUAAAUUUCAUACUCAAAACUUUAUAAUUAAACGUUUUCUGUUGCUUUUAA